UUGAUCUGGAACUACGGGGUAUAAAAUCAAUUUAGAAAGACAAUAAGGGCUUGAUGAGUAAAGUUAUCUCGGGAGCUAUAAAUCGGAAAAAAUGAUAUCUUCUGCAACAGCAACUCAAAUCCACCAACGGAAGUGAAGCUUUCAGAAAUAAUAAUGGAAUUUUUAGACAUCUGAAAGACAAACCCAGAAAUAAAAAGAAGAAUAAAGAACCCCAACUGUCCAAAAAGGGGUAGGAAAAGCGGGGGGGAAUAGUCUCAAAGUUUGGUUUUUUUUUUUUUUUUCCUCUUUGGGCCUUUAAGGCCAAUAAAAAAGCAGAAGUAGGGACAUUUUUUUUUCUUCUUUUUCUUGUAUAUAAGAAGUAGGAAGAAGCUGAUAGGGAUUGAAGGCACAGCAUUGGACUGUUGGCUGAGGCAAGAUGUCUCAGAACAACUGGGAAGCCGACAAGAUGCUGGAUGUUUACAUCCAUGAUUACUUGGUGAAAAGAGACCUGAAGGCCACGGCACAGGCAUUCCAAGCGGAAGGAAAAGUAUCAUCCGAUCCAGUUGCUAUUGAUGCUCCUGGAGGUUUCCUAUUCGAGUGGUGGUCUGUCUUCUGGGAUAUAUUUAUUGCAAGGAAUAAUGAGAAGCAUUCGGAGGUUGCUGCAUCAUACAUUGAGACUCAAUUGAUUAAGGCAAGAGAGCAGCAGCAGCAACAACAGCAGCAACAGUCCCAGCAACCGCAGCAUUCACAACAACAGCACCUGCAGAUGCAGCAACUCUUAUUGCAGAGACAGGCUCAGCAGCAACAGCAACAGCAACAGCAACAGCAGCAACAACAGCAGCAACAACAGCAGCAGCAGCAGCAUCAGCAGCAGCAUCAGCAACAGCAGCAGCAGCAGCAGCAGCAACAACAACAGCAGCAACAGCAGCAACAGCAGCAGCAGCGAAGAGAUAGCAACCACCUUCUGAAUGGCACUUCUAAUGGAAUUGUUGGGAACGAUCCCCUGAUGAGACAGAAUCCUGGUACUGCCAAUGCAUUAGCUACAAAAAUGUACGAGGAACAAUUGAAAGUUCCCAUGCAGAGGGAUUCUUUAGAUGAUGCAGCGAUGAAGCAAAGGUUUAGUGAGAACGUAAGCCAACUAUUGGAUCCAAAUCAUGCAUCAAUUCUUAAAUCAGCUGCUGCCGCCGCGGGCCAGCCCUCAGGGCAAGUUUUGCACGGUACAGCUGGCAGCAUGUCUCCACAAGUACAAGCUCGGAACCCUCAAAUUCCUGGGUCUACAACGGACAUAAAGACAGAGAUGAAUCAGAUGUUGAACCCUAGGGUUGCGGGCCCUGAGGGAUCACUUAUUGGGAUUCCAGGUUCAAACCAGGGUGGAAACAAUCUGACAUUGAAAGGAUGGCCGCUUACCCUUCGGUCUGGGCUGCUACAGCAACAAAAAUCAUUUAUGCAAGGCCCACAACCCUUUCAUCAACUGCAAAUGUUGCCACAGCACCAGCAACAGCUUUUACUUGCGCAACAAAAUUUAACUUCACCAUCUGCUGGGGAUGUGGAAAGCAGAAGGCUCAGAAUGCUUCUUAGUAACAGAAAUAUGACCAUGGGUAAGGAUGGCCUUUCAAACUCAGUUGGUGAUGUGGUUCCAAAUAUCGGUUCACCUUUGCAAGCUGGUUGUCCCGUUUUGCCUCGCACAGAUCCAGAGAUGUUAAUGAAGCUGAAAAUGGCCCAAUUCCAGCAGCAGCAGCAACAGCAGCAACAGAGCAACAGUCCACAACAUCAGCAACAGUUGCAGCAGCAUGCGCUGUCUGGUCAGCAACCUCAGACAUCUAAUCACAGUGUUCAGACAGAUAAAAUAAUGGGAUCUGGCACUGUUAAUGGAGAUGGCUGCAUGUCAAAUUCAUUCCGUUCAAAUGAUCAGGCUUCUAAAAGCCAGACAGGCAGAAAGAGAAAACAGCCCGUUUCGUCUUCAGGCCCUGCCAAUAGUUCGGGUACUGCAAACACUGCUGGGCCUUCCCCAAGUUCGGCUCCCUCUACGCCGUCAACUCAUACACCUGGAGAUGUCAUCUCGAUGCCUGCUAUGCCGCAUAAUAACAGUUCCUCAAAGCCAUUGAUGAUGUUUGGAACUGAUAACACUGGCACUCUCACUUCACCCUCAAAUCAAUUGUGGGAUGACAAGGAUCUUGUGCAGGCUGAAAUGGAUCGUUUUGUGGAUGAUGGAUCUCUCGAUGACAAUGUUGAGUCUUUUUUAUCUCAUGAUGAUGCAGAUCCCCGUGAUCCUGUUGGCCGUGGUAUGGAUGUUAGCAAAGGGUUCACGUUUACAGAAUUAAAUUCUGUACGUGCAAGUACCAGCAAGGUGGUCUGUUGCCACUUCUCAUCAGAUGGAAAGUUGCUUGCCAGUGGCGGCCAUGAUAGAAAGGCUGUGCUGUGGUUUACAGAUACUUUAAAGCCUAAAGCCACACUUGAAGAGCAUUCAUUACUCAUUACUGACGUUCGUUUUAGUCCGAGCAUGGCACGCCUUGCAACGUCUUCUUUUGAUAAAACCGUCAGGGUUUGGGAUGCAGAUAAUCAAGGAUAUUCCCUUCGAACAUUUACUGGACAUUCUUCUGGUGUAAUGUCAUUGGAUUUCCAUCCAAAUAAAGAUGACCUUAUUUGCUCCUGCGACGGGGAUGGUGAGAUAAGAUACUGGAGUAUAACUAACGGAAGCUGUGCCAAAGUUUUCAAGGGGGGCACAGCGCAGGUUAGAUUCCAACCUCGUCUUGGAAGAUAUCUUGCUGCGGCUGCUGAGAAUGUUGUAUCCAUAUUGGAUGUGGAUACACAGGUUUGUCGUCAUUCAUUGAAGGGUCAUACAAAACCGAUACACUCUCUUUGCUGGGAUCCUACUGGUGAGCUCCUGGCAUCUGUCAGUGAGGACUCUGUUAGGGUCUGGUCAUUGGGUUCUGGGAGUGAAGGAGAAUGUGUGCAUGAGCUUAGCUGCAAUGGCAAUAAAUUUCAUUCAUGUGUUUUCCAUCCUACGUACAACUCAUUGUUAGUCAUUGGAUGUUACCAGUCUCUGGAGCUUUGGAACAUGACGGAGAACAAAACAAUGACCCUGGCGGCACAUGGAGGGUUGAUCGCUUCUUUGGCUGUUUCAUCUGUAGCAGGCUUGGUUGCUUCAGCCGGUCACGAUAAUAUUGUCAAACUCUGGAAAUGAUGCUGGCUUUUGUGCUUGUGUACCAUUUAUGCUUGCCAUGCAUGUUUGAGAAGUAGUUAAAAUGCAGGGGUGUUCUAACUUUUCAGUGUUGUGUAAUUCUUUUCCCCUUGUUCCAAGGACUUAGCUCUAUGUAACAUCUGUAGUAGUGCUGAGAGCUAACCCAGUAGUGUUUUUUUCUUCAUAGUGUGUUAUGACUGAAGAAGAAUUAGCUCCUAUUUUGUCGAAGCUUCUAACUUAUUUGUCAAUUGAGGGGAUUUUUCUUUCCUCUUUUUUUUUUUUUCUGCAGCACAUGAUGUUGAACUUUAACGUUGUUCUGGUUAGGUUCCCCUUCUCAAUCAAAAUGCUUCCUUCAUGGAAAAGAGUCCCUGCCAAAUGGAAGAUACCCUGUAACCUCAUCUUUGAGCGCGAAUAAACUGGCAGGCUUUCGACUCUUUUUCCAACCUCAACUUGAACUAGGUCUGAUCAUGUCUGUCUUAAAGGGGUUGAAAGCGCCGGUCACUAAGCAAUUUUAAGAUGAUUUGGCUAAAUUCUAGCAUUGCAAAUUCUUAAACAAGUUUGACAAUUGAGGAUUGCUUCCUGUUGAAAGACUAGUCCGGGAAGCUUCAGUUGCAAAUGAAAAGCCAAGAGUGUAUGAAACAUCUGUCUGAUACUACAAAGCAUGUUUACAAGGAUUGGAGGAACGGAAGAUACCAUGGAUGAGAAACUGACAAGAGGUUAAGAGUCAAAGCUGAAAUCGUGCUCUGCUCAGUUCAGUUCAGUUCAGUUUCAGUUUCAGAAACCAAGCUGACCCAAUUGAACCGAUCUCUGAGACAUGGAAUAUUCUGUGAGCCUGUGAAAUUAUCUGCCAAAGGUUUCGAGCAAUGUUUUCAAAAUCGGGAUUUCACAUAGGAUUGUUUUGGCGUCUCAAGAUCGGAUUCUGGAUCAGUGGGAUCGGAUCGGUGGGAUUAAAACCAUUUAAAAUAUUAUAAUAAGUGUCUUCAACUCAAAAUUGUAACUUUUAUAUCUUUUCUAAUCAUUUCCUCCUCUUUUUUAUACGAAAUCAACAAUUUGUACAAGUAUCGACAAAAUUAAUGGGAUCGCUGGAUCGUAGGAUCUUACGAUUUGGAUGGAGAUUUUGAAG